AUGUCGAGUGAUUUCGAAACGAUAAACCUGUUGGCUCAAACACAUGCCAAGAUGCCUGCCAAUCAUAGCAAUGCGACUUUUCAAGAGAUAUCAUCAGUAACUGAUAUGGACACGACAGAUUCGCCAUCAUAUCAAUCAAAUGUAGUCGAGCCAAGAAGUUACCAAUUGUGGUUGUUUGAACUUGCUAAAGCUGAAAAUAUCAUUGCUGUACUGCCUACUGGGACAGGAAAGACGCUUAUAGCGCUUUUGCUGAUUGAGCAUAUGCAUUCAAUACAAUCUCCAGAAGCAGCUAACCGCAAAAUCAGUGUUAUGCUUGUUCCCACUAUUCCUCUAGUAAGCCAGCAGGCUCAGUAUAUUAAAAUGCACUCCAAACUGCGUACGGGAUUUUCAUCUGAAGGAGUUUCAAUGAAAAAACAUGAUUUUAAAUACUGGAAGUGCGCAUUAGAAGAAAAUGAUGUCAUGGUUAUGACUGCUGAGAUUUUGAAAACAUCGCUGGAUCGCGGUUAUAUCAGUAUAAGCAUGCUCAAUUUGAUUGUGUUUGACGAGUGUCAUCAUGCACGAAACCUUCAUCCAUACCGUGUAUUAAUGCAAACACACUAUGCACUAUGUUCUGAAGCAAUAAGACCUAAGAUUUUUGGCAUAACUGCAUCGCCUGCUUUUGGAAAAGGUGAUAAUGAAGAAUCAAUCAAAUAUCUACAAUCUAGUUUACAUUGUAGAGCAGUUACAUCUACUUACGAAAGCAUAUCCAACUAUGUUUCUAGUCCAGUAGAACGUGUUAUGUACUUUGUCAAUAGUCCAUUCUACGAGCUGUCUGAAUCGUAUACAAAGAUAUACGAAUGUUCGGGGCUGGCAGAAAAUAUAUCUGACCAACUGAGAGAAUCUCAUAUUGCUUGUGAUGUUUUGGGGCCAUGGUGUGCAGACCGGAUGUUGGAGAUGAUUGUGGUAUACUAUUUUAAAAAGUUGAAGCAAGCUACGGAUAUCAAUAUGGUGCUUUCAAAACAGCUUUUGGAAGCUGAAUCAGACAAUACCCCUUCACAUCCAGAUGAGUGCAUUGAACAAGAUUCAUCUGAUUUGGAUAUAGAUAUAGACCAGCUGGAUACUUUAAAUUAUGAAAGCUUGCUGAAUGACUCUGCGUUUUCUACCGCCACGCCUAUACAUAAAUUCUGCCAUGCAUUUAUUUCGUCGCCCACAUUUGGCCCAUCCAACAACCCCGUUUCUUUUUUUGCUGUAUCUCCAAAAGUACAAUGUUUAAUUGACAUUCUACUCGAGUUUCGCUAUAUCGAAUCUUUUUGCGGAAUCGUGUUUGUUCAACAACGAUCCUAUGCAAGUGUAAUUCGGAUGCUGAUUAUCGCGCAUCCAGACCUGCAGUUUCUAAAACCAAAACUGCUGAUUGGACAUGGUAAGAGAAAGCGUGCAGUUGGAGGACUCAACGGAAUGAGUUCUACAACUCAGCAAUCUGUUGUUACCGCGUUUCGAUGCGGUGAUUGCAAUCUUUUAAUAGCUACUCAGGUUGCUGAAGAGGGAUUGGAUAUUCGAUUUGAUAAAACUCAAACCCUGAUCAGCUAUAUUCAAUCGCGAGGACGAGCAAGACAAAAUUGCUCGCAGUUUAUUGUUUUGGUCAAUAAAGAUGAUCAGCAGGAAGAGCAGUCUUUACAUGCCAUACAACAAAAAGAAGCACAUCUACAGUCUCUUUUAGUACAAUCCGUAAACGAAAAGCCCGAAGCCGUGUCUAGUUUCACCUGUGACUCUGACGAUUCUGACAAGUUCCAAUACAAUAUUGCACAUACAGGUGCUGUAUUGAAUCUUUAUAACUCGAUCAAGUUUUUACAAGAGUAUUGUGCUACUUUAUCUGUAAAUGGCACGGACUCUCAACCGGUUUAUACCACUAGCAUUGAUGGCGAUUUUAACAUGUACGUGACCAUACAGAUGCCGCACUUGGUAAGAAAAGAGUGUCAGGGCAUACAGGGAUCGAGUGCAAAUACAAUUAAAAAGGCAAAACGAUUGGCGGCAUUUGAAAUGGUAAAGUUACUGCAUAAAUUUCAAGAAGUGGAUGAUCAUUUCAAUUCUUGUUUGUCCAAGACAAAAUAUGGCGCAUUUGUUGCCAAAUCAAAGGAAACUUCAAAAAAGGCCAAACUGAUCGACAUGUGCGAUUACCCUCUGAAAAUCCCAACAGCUUUACAAGGCACAUGGAAAGACGGUGAACAUGCGUGGGUUCAUAUUGUGCACUUGCAGCAAAUUGAUUCAGCAAAUUCUGACACAACGGGUUUGUUGAACACAUGUUUUAAACCAGCUUCGGAUGAGCUGCACGAGACAAAACCUGUAGAAAUCAAGACUACCACUCUACUUUUUUGUAUUCUCACAUGUGGAGUGGAAAAUGUUCAAACUGAGCACAUGGAUUUAAAUUUUGACGGAGAACCGCGGCGGUUUCGAGUGGUUGCAUUGGCACAUAAGCUUUUACUCACUUCAGACAUGAUUGCGCAGUUUUUCGAAUAUCAUUUCUAUCUUUUUUCGGGAGUUUUACGUAGUCAGUUCAAAAAAGGCCUUGAUUGGUCGCUGCUGUGCGUUCCCAUUCGAUCCGAAUAUGCUGACAAUACAGCCAUUGACAUAUCCACUAUACUCCCCGAGUCCAUUAUUGAUUGGGACUCACUCCGUUAUUGUCAAACUGUCGACCAAACUGAUUUAUCUUCAAUCACUAAUGAUCCGACCAUUUCGCGUUCAGUUUACCAUGACAUGAUCGUUUUUGAUCGAGUUCACUAUUCACGCAAAUACUCCAUUCUUGAAAUUCAACACGACAAAACCCCGUCGUCACUCGUCUCUGACCUAAAUACGUUUUCUACCGUGAAAAGCUUUUACAAAACUCGUCUGCGGUGUCGAGAGCCUAUUGUAGAGGACCAAUGUCUUAUCUACGCAACCAAGGUUCCAGAUCCUGUUCAGAUCAAAAAAAAGUGUAUAGCAUCAGUAAAAACGUACGUGUUGCCACAGUUUUGUACUAUAUAUCCAGUAAAACGACUUCAUUUAUAUCAGGGAUUGUAUAUGCCUUUGGUAAUACGACAGCUGUGGCAUCGACUGCUUGCUACAGAUUUAUAUUUUGGAAAAGAAAUAUCCCUUCUCAAUCGAAUGGCAGAUCACACACCUCAAUUUUUCAUCAAUAUAGAAACCCUACAAACGGUAUUGGUGGCUUCAUCGACGGAUUUGCCGUAUAGUUAUGAACGACUUGAAAUUCUCGGUGACAGUUUUCUUAAAAUUCAUCAGUCUCUCCAUUUGUUUGCACUGAACCCAUCUCAAGACGAAGGAUGGUUGACAACAUCACGAAUGGUCGCUGAACAAAAUUUGGAGUUGUGUCGGAGAGCAACCGAGGUUGGAUUACAAGGACUGAUUCUUACUACCAGGUUUUCGCGCAAACAGUGGGUUCCUCCAGCCAAGGGACACGAUUCAAUGCAGUCCAUGCCAAAAAAAAUUCUAGCAGAUGUGACAGAAGCCAUUAUUGGAGGGUGUUUGAUUGAUGGAGGUAUUGUUGGUGCGUCCGAGGCUGUCAGAAGUCUUUUGAAUCGGGAUUAUCAAAGCGAAUGGGGAUUGUAUUUUACGCAAUAUCAGCUUCAUCGCAAUGUGACACCAUCCCAUUUGGUUCGUUUUAUUGGCGACAUUGAUUCUCUAGUUACUCUCCGAAUUGAAGCUGUUUUGAACUAUACGUUUCAAGACAAGUCAAUACUGUGGGAAGCCUUGACGCAUUCUUCAUCUUCGUUUUCAAUUUGCGGUUUAAAUUACCAACGGUUGGAGUUUCUUGGUGACGCUGUGCUGUCAUUUAUCAUUACAAAGUAUUUGUAUACUCAGCUGGGAUCAUCUUCACCAGGCGUGAUAUCCCAUCUGAAAUCGGAAAUGGUAUGUAACCAGUUUUUGGCAUGUGUGAGUAUUCGCCUUGGAUUGAUUGACUGGCUGCGUGUAAAAAAGAGCGAUACUGUCUGGAUUGUUGAUGCCUAUGCUCAGCAGGUGAUUGAACAUUUAUCUCAACCAGCCGACUCUAUUCAAAAAAUAUUUUGGGCCCACAUGACAACUGCUCCAAAAAUAUGUGGGGAUGUGUACGAAGCUAUUCUUGGUGCUAUAUUUGUUGACUCGAAAUUUAGUAUAGAAAAAGUAGACGAAUUUGUUUUGAAUUCAUUGAUCAAGCCGUGGUGGGACCAUUUUUCUCAGAUAGUACAAGAUGGAAAAGUGGUUUUGCAGAAUUCAAUCGUAGAAUUACGGGACUUGGUUGCUGAACAUUUAAAGUGUUCUGCAGUAGAGUAUACGUAUACUCAUAUCCAAAAUACUGCGACAGUUGCCAUAGUCAAAUGCCACGACAAAAUCAUUGGAAAAGCCAUUGGAACAGGAAAGCGUGAUGCAAAAAAAGCGGCAUCAAAAGUUGCUGCUGAAUACAUUCUGCGAUACAAGGAAGAUGUGGCUAGUGUGUGUGAUUGUCACUUGGUUAAGCCGCCUGCUAUAUAA